AAGAACACCAUAGAACUCUUCUCUCUAUCUUCCCUCUCAAAACCCUAGCGCAGCCAUGUCUGAAGUGAAGGUUGCUUGAAGCGGAUUUUACGGCGGCGGAUAAACACUAAUCAAAUGAUUCUUCUUCCUCCUAUUAUACCUUAAUCAAAUGAUUUCUUUAUUCGCCUCUCCAAGCUCUGAAACCCUAGAUUCACAACGUCUAUUUUGAUUGAAUAGGGGUGUUUUGAUGUUUAUUUGAGUGUUCUGUUUGAAGGGAUCUUAAUGGGUUAUCCUUGGAAGGAGUAUUGGUACCUGAGAUAGGGAACCUCACACAUUUGAGACGCCUAUGAGUGCUACACAGACUUCAAUUUUUUCUGAGUUUGGGUGCUUUUACUGUAGUUUUACCCAUAGGCCAUGAAGAUAUAUUCCUUCCUUUCCUACUUGGUACCAAAUGCUUAUCUUAAGUUCCUCCAUAUGUGGUUGCUACAACAUGAAAGAUGGCUUGUGAAAUGGUCCUGAUGAGUUUUGUGGCAAUUGAAACCUUUGCUUUGGAUCUGGGAGGAGUUUACCAAUCUGGGUGCCUUUACUGUAGUUUUACCUAUAGGCCAUGAAGAUGUAUUCCUUGCUUUCUUACUUGAUUGGAAAAUUUGUUGGGUGAUGUCAAAUGCCACAAAAGGAGGUGCUAUAACAAAAGUAGAAAUCUAUACAACUUCGACUUGUAUGAGGUAGUUUAACUCACUAAUUAAGGUUACUAAUGAAUGGGUUCCAAAUAUUGUUUCAUGAUGAAUGGUGAGUUUAAGGUUUUCGAUAAUCCUUCAUGGCGAUUUUGAAAGCCAGCUGUUACCAUAAAGAAGGGCGUCAUGGCGAUUGCGCAUACGGUGGCAACACUUAUAUGUUGUUGUUUGGAGUAGUGCAAAUUUUAAUGUCACAUAUACUGGAUUUCCAUAGCAUGGUUUUGGCGUCGGUUGUUGCGGCCAUAAUGUCGUUUUGUUACUCUUCUAUUGGAUGAAAAAUAUCGGCAACUCGACUAAUUCAUCGAACCCCCUCAUUUCUUGGAGGAGUUCUUUGUGCAAAGGCCUCGAUGAUGUUUCACAAUGUACCUCCGGCUGUGUUGGUCCGGUUUCUACGAGAGCAUCGAUCAGAAUGGGCCGAUUUUAAUGUUGAUGCUUACUCAGCUGCUUCGGUAAAAGCUAGCCCGUAUGGAUAUCAAGGGACACGGCCCACGAGGUUUGCAGGUAGCCAAAUCAUCAUGCCACUUGGCCUGACAAUUGAACAUGAAGAGAUGCUUGAAGUUAUUAGACUCGAAGGUCACGCAGUUGGUCAAGAAGAUCCUUUUGUGUCAAGGGACAUUCAUCUCUUACAGUUAUGCAGCGGAAUCGAUGAGAAUGCAGUGGGUCGAGUGUUGGAUAAAUAUUUUCUAUCCCCAAACCCAAAGCAUCGUGAAUCCUACAUCUCUCUAUUGCUUCUCUUUUCAGUUGCGUCUGCCAAAGUCUUUUUCAAGGCCUAAGUGCAAACAAGAUAUUCAUCCAAUUGGCAUUAUUUGGGAUUUGGUGAUGUUAUGCCAAGAAGUUAGAUGAAUCGUUUUUUGGACUCUAAAUGAGGCCCCAACUUUGAUUACGAAUCACUCUCUGAUGCAAGUAUAGGCCAGGUGAGUGAAACUCAUUAAAUUUUUUAUUGUUUUGUUUCACAUUUUGGUUGUCGUUUGUUCACCGGUUCUAUUGGUGAUCCUCUAAAUGUUAUGUAGCUUAUGUAUUGUUGGUUUAUAAUUCUCUCUUUGUUUAUGUUAGAUCAGAACUGUUGC